AACGCAAAAGAUGUUUUUAAAAUAUUCUACAGCUGACUGUCGACGCAGGACAGGCCGAAGUUUUGAUUUUUCGUGAAUAAUAAGAAAAUGGUGGUUUAAAAUCUCAGAAUGGCGAAUAAAGCUAACCCGUUACCAUAUAUCAAGGAAAGGGAAUAUGGAAUAGUGCCUAAUCUUAAGGCUACGUUGUUUGAAAACAGGUUGAGUGCAGCGAAGAACCUGUAUCGGAAGGAUUUAAAGUGCCAUUUUGGAUGUGUAAACGCUAUCGAGUUUUCCACUAAUGGCGAAAUACUUGUAUCGGGUGGAGAUGACAGGAGGGUGAUGUUAUGGCAAUUUGGGCAGGCCAUUGUGGAUCGAGGCCAACCUGAGGCCAUGAAGUCCACCCACCAGUCUAACAUUUUUUGUCUUGGAAUUACUGAUGACUCGAAGAAGAUUUACUCUGGAGGCAAUGAUGAUAUGGUAAUUGUACAUGAUGUGGAAAGUAAGCGGCCAGUGGAAGUGUUAAGCCAUCAGCGCGCCGUGUGCUGCCUCAGCAUCGACCCAUUUAACGACCGUGUAGUCUCCACGGCGGGCAACGAUGGCAGACUUCUGCUCUUCGAUACUAGGCAGUCUGUUCAUGAGUCCUUGGUGAUAUCACGCAGCAGGAAAGCCUUCCACGGAGUAAUGUUCCACCCCACGCAGAAGGACAUACUCGUGUCGGCAAACGCUCGGGAUGGAGUCGCCCUCUGGGAUCUCAAGUCGCCUAAACGCCCGUUGAUCCGCUACUCCGGCACCAACGGCCCUUUCCAAAACAGCAUGUCGGUCCGCUUUAACAAAGCCGGUACGCAUGUACUGGCGCUGCGGCGGCGGCUCCCGCCAGUGCUGUACGCGCUCUACGAGCAAGAGCCGCGUGCAGAGUUUUAUCACCAGGACUAUUAUAACUCGUGCACCAUGAAGAGCUGCAGUUUUGCAGGCGAGGGUGACAAAUAUGUGCUGUCAGGGUCCGACGAUUUUAACCUUUACUUGUGGAAAGUUCCUGAACCUGGAAGUGAAGAUGUGGUAGUGGAGAGCCCGCACAUAGUGCUGUACGGGCACCGCUCGAUCGUGAAUCAAGUGCGUUUCAACCCGCAGUACUCUCUCAUUGCCUCGUCCGGUGUCGAGAAAAUCAUCAAGCUGUGGUCGACGAUGGAGUACCCGGCGAUGCGCGGCGACUUGCUGGAGAGCGCCACUGGCUCCGACAACCCGCGGGAGAUCUACGGCCAAGAUGACUAUGUGACGCUCAUGCACCACAAUGGACAGUACAUAUCCCACAACUACACGGACCAAUCCACGAGCGAAGACCCCCGAAUGAUGGCAUUCUUCGACUCGCUGGUGCAACGCGAGCUCGAGUGCCUCGGCGAGAGCUCAGAGUCUUCGGAAGCGGCGCACCACACUGACUCCUGCGAGGAAGAGGCGCAUCUGCUAGCGGACUUCCUGCCGCUCGUACUGCCGCCCAAGAUACGGAUAAGUAACAGCGCAAACCGCAGUCAAAGGGGUCCAAAUAGGCUGGCGCGGUUGGUUGCGUCGCGCUAUCCAAAGAACUCCCGUGAAGCGCAGAAAAGAGGCACACUUAGACGCAGCAAGCACCUGGACCGCCGGGCGUUGCUCAGCAAGUUCAAGAUGCUGCCGACGCGCGCCAGCGCCAAGGGCAAGCAGAGGUCGAGCGGAGCGUCGCGGCGCGCGCCGAGGGGACUCGAGAACGGUCCGCGGUCUCGCCUGGUGCGCUGCGCCCGCGCCGGCGCGGCGGCGGCGGCGGCGGCGCGGCGCGACCCGCCCUCCAGCGAGCACGACGAGGCCGAGCCGCGCCCGCUCUACACCGCCACCGGACGGAACCUCCGGCCGCUGCGCAGGCGAAUGAACCUGUCCAGAGCAUCGAAAAGGAAAACUAAAGCGACAAAUACUAGUUACAGAAAGUCAGUUAUGAAUUUAAGGAGCAGUGGAUUCACUCAGGAUAGCGAUAAUGCCGCUCCCCUUUCGAGUAGAGCUGACUAUCUGGAUGGCCUCGACUCGAUGACAUUACCAAGCACAAGUACAGGUUACAGGGGCGAAAACACAUCGGCGAUGUUCCGAGUGGCGGCCGAUUCCGACGACCAGUCAGGCAGCGGGUCGUCGUCGCCCGCCAGCGUGUGCGACGGGCGGCCCGCGUACCGCCUAAACGGCUUCGACCUAGACUUCACCACCCCGGGACCCUACAACUUCGGCUCGAGAAUGGAAGAGUACAUGGCGCAAUACAACGGGGACGAAACACGCGACUCGCUAAUAGUGGAGCCCCCGGAGUCCGACUCCACCCCGCCCCCCCCCGAGACCAGGCAUAGGCCCCGAAAAGGGAGGAGGACGGGCAGGAGUUUGAAAAGGACAGAUUCCAGCGAAUCUCCCCCGCCUAAAGAGCAGGCGAUCGUUCCCGAUAGGUUAUCUAAGGAGUAUAGUAACAGGAGUGUAGCGCGACUGAUGAACGAGACGAACGAGAGUGAGGUAGAGAGUAGCUGCAGCACCGAGGGCGGCAUGUGGCCCCUGCCCGGGUCGCUCGGCACGCCGGACAGCGGGGUCGGCACGGCGGCCGGCAGCACCGGGCGCCGCUCGCAGCCCGCCGGCCACGUGUCCGACGACCAGGACUGGCAGGCGCUCAAGCUCCGCCAGCGAGUCAAAAAGGCGAGGCGCAACUAUAGGAAACAUAUGGAGUCUGAUUCUAAUUAAUAUGAAAAGCGUUA